AUGGGAGAUUCUAAAUUCUGUAUUUUAGUUGAUGAAGCCAUAGAUGUAUCACAUAAAGAACAAAUGGUUAUUGUGCUUCGGUUUGUUGAUGUUCAUGGUGUUAUUCGGGAGGGUUAUUUUGAUAUUGUUAAUGUGGCUGAUACAAUAUCAUCAACUCUUAAGAAAGAAAUCUCUGAUGUUCUCACACAGAAUAACUUAAGCAUUCAUAAUAUGAGAGGUCAGGGAUAUGAUGGUGCUAGUAAUAUGCGUGGUGCAUUUAAUGGUUUACAAGCUUUGUUUCUUAAAGAUUGUCCAUAUGCUUAUUACGUACAUUGUUUUGCUCACCGUUUACAACUAGCAUUGGUUGGGGCUGCUGAGAAACAAGAUUCUAUUUGGGAAUUCUUUUCAAUGUUGUCUAAUGUUGUGAAUAUAGUUACUGGUUCUUCUAAACGCUUAUUGGAGUUACAGAUUGCAUAUGGCAUAGAGGUUGACAAAUCUGUGGCCAGUGGAGAACGUGAGAUUGGUCGGGGACUUAAUCAGAUUGGGAAUUUACAACGACCAGGAUCAACAAGGUGGAGUUCUCACUUUUAUUGUGUUUGUAGCUUGAUUGAUAAGUUUGGUUCAAUAAUUAUUGUGUUGGAAAGUAUUAAUAAUUGUAGUACCUCUUCGAACUCUAUGCGUGGAGAAGCCAGAGGUUCUUUAAAGGCAUUGAAAUCAUUUGACUUUGUAUUUGUGUUACAUUUGAGUACCUCUUCGAACUCUAUGCGUGGAGAAGCCAGAGGUUCUUUAAAGGCAUUGAAAUCAUUUGACUUUGUAUUUGUGUUACAUUUGAUGCAUAAGAUCAUGGGCAUUACAGAUUUGCUUUGUCGAGCCUUACAAAGUAAAUCAAUUGAUAUUUUGAAUGCCAUGGAUUUAGUUGCAACAACAAAAGAAUUGUUACAAUCUUUGAGAGAUGAAGGUUUUGAUAUUCUUUUGGAUUAUGUCAUGUCGGUGUGUGAAAAAUAUGACAUUGACAUACCAGAUAUGAAUGCUCGUUAUAUGGAUGGUAUUCGUUCUGUGAGACAAAGAGAUAAUAUAUCCGUUGAGCAUCAUUAUCAUUAUGAUGUAUUUAAUUCUGCAAUUGAUUUUCAGUUGGAAGAGCUUCAUUACAGAUUCAAUGAUGAUGCUGUGCAGCUUUUGAGACUAAGUACAUCUUUGGAACCGAAGAACAAUUUUAGGUUGUUUGACAUCGAGAAUAUUUGUACACUUGUUACUACCUUUUAUCCUGUUGAUUUUGGACAACAAGAGAUGUACCAUCUUAAACUCCAACUUGAUCACUACAAGAUUGAUGUGGUUACUCAUACUAAGUUUCAGGAUUUGUCUACUCUUUCCGAGUUAUGUGUACGACUGGUUGAUACAGGAAAGUUAGAGCACUACAGUUUGAUUUAUAGGUUGAUUUGUCUUGUGUUGACACUCCCUGUUUCUACAGCAACUACAGAAAGGGUUUUUUCAGCUAUGAAAUUAAUGAAGACUGGUCUUCGAAAUAAAAUGGAGGAAGAAUAUUUGAGAGACUCUAUGCUUAUUAACAUUGAGAGGGAGUAUGCUGAAAACAUUGAUGUGGAUGAGGUGAUAGAUGAAUUUUACGCUCAAAAGAAUCACCGGGUACAACUCAAAUGA